AUGACUCAAAGUAUUAAAAAAUUUUUUCCACCAAUAAAUCAUAAACCGUUACCUAUUUCAUCUGACGAAACAUCAGAUGAUACUAUUAUAUCUGAUAAUAAUAAUGAAACUGACGAAUUAAACAAAAGAAGGAAGUUAAAUAAAAAAAACUCCGGGAGACAUAAAAAAGAAAAUUUAAAAUUUAAACACAGCUGGAAAGUUGGCAGACCGUGGUUGAAAUGUGAAAUUGUUGAAGAUCAAAAGCUAAUGUUUUGUGCCAUGUGCCAAAAAGCAAAUCUUAAAGCAUCUUUGUGGUCAACAACAGGUUGCAAUUAUAUGAAACUGGAGUACGUUAAGAGACAUGAAGAUUCUAAUGAACACAAAACUUCUAUUAAUUUUCUUGACCCAGCACAGACAAGUAUUAAAGAAAAUUUUGUUACUUAUCAAAUGAAUAAUGUUGAUUCUAUAACUAAUGAAGAACCAUUGGAAAUUUUACGUUCACCAAAAUUUGAAUUUAACAAAGAUUCAUUAGAAACAAUUAAAAAAAAUCAAAAUAGCAAUUAUGCUACUUAUAAUAAUAAAGUAGCUGGACGUGACUUUUUGAAGUCUAUUGCUAGAAUUAUAGAAGAGAAUGUUAUUUUAGAAAUUAAAAAUUCAACAUUCUGGUCACUUCUAUUGGAUGAAAGUAAUACUAAUUCAACUGCAGAAAAAACAUUAGCAUUGGUUUCAAAGCAUAUUACUGAUGAUAUGCCAGUAUUACGUUUUUUAGGAUUAAUAAAGAUUAACAAUGCUACUUCUGAUUCUUUAUUAUCAGUUGUUGAGAGUUUUUUAUUACAAAAAGGGUUGGAAAUUAGUAAAAUGUAUCAUUUUGGUAGUGAUGGUGCAUCCAACAUGCGUGAGAAUAGUGAAUGCCCUGACUUGGCAAUAUUGAAUGUUAUGGAGAUACGGUGGUUAUCAUGGGCAAAUGUGAUAAAUAAUUUUCACCAAAUAUUAGAUGAUGUUCACCAAGCAUUGUACAAACAAAAAGAUAACAGUAGUGUUGCAAGUUUUUUGUACGAAGCAAUUGAUACAGAAUUUUAUAUUUUCACAAAGUUUUUGGCAGAUAUUUUUUCAACAAUGAAGUCUAUGAUUAUGGUAUUCCAGUCAGAUUAUGUUACGCUCAGUGAAACAAGAAAUCAAUUAACCAUGGUAAUUAGUACUAUUACAUCUGAUUUUAUUGGAAGUGAAACUAUGUCACCUACUUAUGGAAUUUGUUUAAAAAAUUACAUGGAAGAUAACAUAUUAGUAGAAGACGACUUACCAAUAACCAUUAGAAGAUUUGCAGAGGAAACAAUAAAGAGUCUCAAAGCACGAUUUCCAGAUUGUAGGUUAUAUAGUUCUAUGUGUAUAUUAGAACCAAGAGAAAUGCCAAGUAAUAGGAAUGAUUUAGAUAGUUAUGGUGAAACUGAAAUUUUAAUUUUGGCCAAUUUUUAUGGGAAAGACAAAAAAAAUUCAUUAAACAAAUCUAUUAAUUCACCUAUUCAUAAAGAUAAGUUAAUAAGAGAAUGGAGGAUGGCAAAAAAUAUUUUGGUAGAAAUAACUUCUGGUGAUAAUGGAGUAGAUAUCGAAGGAUUGUUUAGAAAUUAUUUUGUUGUUAUACAAUGUAAAAAUCGUAAAGGGAGUAUUGGUGUUGAUAUAUUGCGUGAUUUAGAAGCGGUAGUAUCUAGAUAUCCUAAAGAUACUAUAGCAAUUGAUACAGAAUUUUAUAUUUUCACAAAGUUUUUGGCAGAUAUUUUUUCAACAAUGAAGUCUAUGAUUAUGGUAUUCCAGUCAGAUUAUGUUACGCUCAGUGAAACAAGAAAUCAAUUAACCAUGGUAAUUAGUACUAUUACAUCUGAUUUUAUUGGAAGUGAAACUAUGUCACCUACUUAUGGAAUUUGUUUAAAAAAUUACAUGGAAGAUAACAUAUUAGUAGAAGACGACUUACCAAUAACCAUUAGAAGAUUUGCAGAGGAAACAAUAAAGAGUCUCAAAGCACGAUUUCCAGAUUGUAGGUUAUAUAGUUCUAUGUGUAUAUUAGAACCAAGAGAAAUUCCAAGUAAUAGGAAUGAUUUAGAUAGUUAUGGUGAAACUGAAAUUUUAAUUUUGGCCAAUUUUUAUGGGAAGGACAAAAAAAAUUCAUUAAACAAAUCUAUUAAUUCACCUAUUCAUAAAGAUAA